UGUGUGGAGUCAGAUACCUUGCAAGAAAUGUAGCUGAAGACAAAAAGGCAAAGAGUUGGAAGAAUCCAGGGAUUUCAAGUUCUGAAUGACGGGCAUCUUACAAGAUCUCUACAGCGAAGCUGAAGAGGCAGAUGCAGCUCUGAGUAUCAGAUCGAGUGAGCUUGUGUGUGUACUGCAUGUACAUGAAUAUUGACACAUUUCUGUCAUCACGUAGACUUAUUCUUCAGUAUUCCUGAGAGCUUUGCGAUUGAUGAAAAUUAAUUUAAGAACCAGAUGGAGCACGUUUACGGCACAGGAAUCAGUAACUCAUGGAAGGACACCUGCCACUAGUGCUCAACUUUCCACAUGGUGUUCACGGGUGAAAAAGGUGUGCAAGAAGAGGAAGAAAAAACACCCUCUGCAUACAAGAAAAAACAAUAAAUACCUCCCCAGUCAAAAUCAAAAAUUACGAAGGAGCUGAAAGAAGACAGAGUGUAAAAGAAAGUGAUUCUUAUUGCAGAGGAAUAAUGAUUGAUCUUUGGUACAUGCUCCAUUGGGCUCAAUAGACUGUGACCAAACUAAAUUGUGAACCACAUGUUGAGUAGUGAUGACUGUAAGUAAGUAAGUUCAGGAACUAUGGGACAACUCUGGACAUUGAACUGAGCAAACCUCGUUGUCCUUCUUGAGUUAGCCAGGUCAUCAAACUUGCAUAUUCUUUUUCCCUCUCCUUUUUUCCCUUUGACUUACUGUGGUAUAAAUACUAAUUAAUUGAGCUCAUAAAUGUUACUCAAAUAAAACGAUUGGAGUACUUCAUAUGUUUCCUUCUUGUACAGCUGCAAAUGUUGUGUCUGGAACUAUGAAUCUGUGCUGUAGACAAGCAUCAAGAAGGAAAGAUCCACUCAAACAAGCAAGGAAAAUAUCUAGAGAAAUAGUGCAACCUGGAAGCCAGAUUUUUAAUGCUGUUUCUUUUUCUUUUUUAGAUUAUAUUUCUUCCUUUUGUGAAUUUUAGAAGAUUCUGAAAGAGUGCUUACUUGAUGUGCUUUAAUUCUGGCAUUUGUUUUUGCUAUAGGAUGAAAAAUCUGUGAUUCUUUGUAGCAGGAAAAAAAAAGGGAAAAGUAAAAGAAAAUCAGCUUGACUUCUAGUCUGUUCUGGAGGAAACAAUCUUCACGGUUCGCCCGAGGCAAACUUACCUGCUUUGAAAGCUAAAAGCUGGAGAGCAUUUUUGAUUCUGCUGAAUGAAGAGGGGGUUUCUUUUUCCUUUGAGUGUGGCAGCAAAAAGUGGGAAAGCAGGCAAGCUAGCACGAUAAACAGCUCGGGCUUAUGUCUCUGGUGGAAAAAAAAUCUCUGCAAUGACAGUUGGAUUGGCUUUGGAUUGCAAAACCUGUUGAAUCCAGCAAGUGGUUCAGUACGCAGAGGGAUUUCCCACCUGGCCUGGCACAGCAGUGUCUGCCCCUGGUCGGGGCUGUUGUUCCACACGGUCUGUGUGCCUUUUUUUCCCCUUUAUGCAAUCUCUUUCAGCUUUAGCAGCAGAAAUACAUCAGAUGGAAAAGGCAUGCCAGAGGGCAGCUUGGAAAAGAUGAAUGUCAUGUAUAAACAUAUAUAUGUAUGUGCGUGUGUCUAAGUUUCUGCAACUGAACUCUUUGAAGAAAAUCUGACUGGAGGAAAUCUUAAAAGCCUUAAGUUACUUGAAACCUACACAUUUGCAACUCUCUGUCUCUGGAAUUGCAUUACGCUAAACUGGAAUCUCAGGCUGUAUAAAGAUUAUAUCAAGUUGAGCAAAAAGAUGACUUAACCAUUUCUUGAGCGCCUCUUACGAAGUAGCUGUUUCUCCAAAGGAUACGUGCACCCUCACUCUAUGGACUCAACAACAAAAAUGAACCUGAGUUUUUUUUUUAAGUGUUACUUUUUUCUUAGCCAACUGCCAUCAUCUUUUAUAGAGGAAUUUUUCACUAUGCAUUUGGUGGAUAUUUAUAAACACUGACCCCAUCCUCCUCCCUUUCAAUGAUCUAUCCCAGGUCAGUCUUAUCAAUAAAAGAAUUGAUUUAACUUUUGUGCACUAGACAUUACUUUCUUAUGUCCAAAAAUAAAAUAUUUAAAAAGCAUGUAUGCAGCAGUGGAACAUGGGCCUGUUCUUUGCAGCGAUUCCAACAUCCUCUGCCUCUCCUGGAAAGGGAGAGUCCCCAAAAGCGAGAAGGAGAAACCGGUGUGCCGGAGGCGGUACUACGAGGAAGGCUGGUUGGCAACAGGCAAUGGCAGAGGAGUUGUAGGCGUCACUUUUACCUCCAGCCAUUGCAGGAGAGACCGGAACACCCCUCAGCGGAUCAACUUCAAUCUGAGGGGCCACAACAGUGAGGUUGUGCUGGUGAGAUGGAACGAACCAUUUCAGAAACUAGCAACGUGUGAUGCAGACGGAGGAAUAUUUGUUUGGAUACAAUAUGAAGGCAGAUGGUCUGUGGAGCUUGUGAAUGAUCGUGGGGCACAGGUGAGUGACUUUACGUGGAGCCAUGAUGGGACUCAAGCACUUAUCUCCUAUAGAGAUGGAUUCGUGCUGGUUGGAUCAGUCAGUGGGCAAAGACACUGGUCUUCAGAAAUAAACCUGGAGAGUCAGAUCACCUGUGGUAUAUGGACUCCAGAUGACCAACAGGUACUCUUUGGCACUGCCGAUGGCCAGGUUAUUGUCAUGGACUGCCACGGCCGAAUGCUGGCCCACGUCCUCCUUCACGAGUCAGAUGGUAUCCUCAGCAUGUCCUGGAACUACCCCAGCUUCCUGGUGGAGGACAGCAGUGAGAGCGACACCGACUCCGAUGACUAUUCCCCACCGCAAGAUGGACCAGCUGCGUAUCCCGUGCCGGUGCAGAACACCAAGCCACUGCUUACUGUCAGCUUCACGUCAGGAGACAUUAGUUUAAUGAACAAUUACGAUGACUUGUCUCCUACUAUCAUCCGCUCAGGGUUGAAAGAUGUGGUGGUACAGUGGUGUACACAGGGAGAUUUGCUUGCAGUAGCAGGUAUGGAGAAGCAAAGUCAGCUGGCUGAUCUUGGCAAYGGCUCCAUGUUGAAAAGUGCACUUGUCAAGUUCUACAAUGUGCGUGGGGAACAUAUCUACACUCUGGAGACACCUGUCCAGCGCCCUAUCAUCUCCAUCUGCUGGGGUCACAGGGACUCACGGCUGCUGAUGGCUUCUGGACCUGCGCUGUACGUUGUCCGAGUGGAGCACAGGGUGUCCAGCCUGCAGCUGCUCUGCCAGCAGAGCAUCGCGAGCUGCCUGCGCGAUGACAAGGACAUCAGCAAGCUGACGCUGCCCCCUCGCCUCUGCUCGUACCUCACCACUGCCUUUAUACCAACAAUCAAGCCUCCUAUCCCAGACCCAAACAAUAUGAGAGAUUUUGUCAGCUACCCAACAGCUGGCAACGAACGACUCCACUGCACAAUGAAGCGGACAGAGGAUGAUCCAGAGGUCGGUGGUCCGUGUUACACUCUGUACUUGGAAUACCUUGGGGGAUUGGUGCCUAUCCUGAAAGGACGGCGUAUCAGCAAGUUACGGCCAGAGUUUGUCAUCAUGGAUCCUAAAACAGAUGGGAAAGCAGAUGAAAUCUAUGGAAACAGCUUGAUUUCCACUGUGAUUGACAGCUGCAACUGCUCCGACUCCAGCGAUAUCGAACUGAGUGAUGACUGGGCAGCAAAGAAAUCCCCCAAAAUCAGCCGAGCCAGCAAAUCGCCCAAACUCCCCAGAAUCAAUAUAGAAGCUCGCAAAUCUCCAAAGAUGUCACGAGCGGCACAGGAGAUAUCAAGAUCUCCAAGGUUACCAAUAAGGAAACCUUCUAUUGGUUCACCAAGCCUAACCCGAAGAGAAUUUCCUUUGGAAGAUAUUACUCAGCAAAACUACCUUGCUCAGGUCACAUCUAACAUCUGGGGAACCAAAUUUAAAAUUGUAGGCUUGGCUGCUUUCCUACCAACUAACCUUGGUGCAGUAAUAUAUAAAACCAGUUUGCUGCAUCUUCAGCCCAGGCAGAUGACCAUAUAUCUCCCAGAAGUGCGGAAGAUUUCAAUGGACUACAUUAACUUGCCUGUCUUUAAUCCAAAUGUUUUCAGUGAAGAUGAAGAUGAUUUACCAGUGCCCGGCGCGCCCGGCGUCCCCGAGAGCAGCCCGCCGUGCACCGUGAACAUCCCCAUCGCCCCCAUCCACAGCUCGGCCCAGGCCAUGUCGCCCACGCAGAGCAUCGGCCUGGUGCAGUCGCUGCUGGCCAACCAGAACGUGCAGCUGGACGUGCUGGCCAACGCGCCGGCCGAGGCGGGUGGCGACGGCGCGGGCCCCUUUGCCGCCGCCGGCCGCUUCCCCAGUCCCGGGCAGGUGAUCUUCGGGGGCAUCGAGGUGGCCCGCACCGCCUCAGCCCCGCCGCCGCCGCCACUCGCCCUGCCACCCCCAGCGCCCGCCGACCACCGGGACCGCGGCGACCGCGACCAUGAGCACCUGCCCAAGGCCAAGCCGCUGCUGCGGCCGGCGCAGCCGCUGCUGGACGGCGACGCCGUGGCAUUCGGCGCGGGGCCGGAGGCGCCGCUCAGCAAGAUGAACCCGCCGCCGCCCUACCCUGGCACCAUCCCCGCCGCGCCCACGGCCGCCCCACCACCACCGCCCGGCCCCCCGCAGCCGCCCAUGGACCUCUGCCUGAAGAAGGGGGAGUUCUCCCUUUUCCCGGCGGGACACUACCAGACGCCCCUGGGCUACGAGCGCAUCACCACGUUCGACAGCAGCGGCAACGUGGAGGAGGUGUGCCGGCCGCGCACCAGGGUGCUCUGCGCCCAGAGCACCUACACCCUGCCGGGGCCCGGCAGCUCGGCCACGCUGCGCAUUACCGCCAGCGAGAAGAAGAUGCAGCAGCCCUGUUCGAGCGCCACCCUGAACAGGCUCACGGUCCCGCGCUACUCCAUCCCAACCGGGGACCCGCCACCGUACCCCGAAAUCGCCAGCCAGCUGGCGCAGGGCCGAAGCAUUGCGCAGAGGCUGGACAGCACUAUUAUUCACGCCACUCUGCGGAGGAACAGCAGAGAGGCAGCUCUGAAAAUGGCUCAGCUGGUGGACGGUCAACGAGCCACUUUGCAGCUUCCCCCGAAAGCCAAGAGCAACGUGGUGGCAGCGCAGUACCAGCAGAGAGCACCUACUGCUUUGUACACGUGCAGCCAGUGCAGCAGCAGCAGUGGCAGUGGCAACGCCAGCAGCAGCACAGGCACUGGUGGUGUGGGGAGCCUGGCUAACGCCAAUGCCAGUAGCAGCACKUCCAGUAUUAGUGCUCUGAGGCCUGACUUAAGCGCGGGCAAUAGCUCCCAGCAUAGCUCAGUCAUUGCUCACUCUGUCAGUACUUCACCCCUGGCCUCCCAAUCGUCCUAUAGCUUGCUGAGCCCACCUGACAAUUCCCGUGACCGGGCAGAUUAUAUCAACUCUGCCUUCACAGAGGAUGAGGCCCUUUCUCAGCACUGCCCGGUGGAGAAAUCAAUGCGGCAUGUCCCCGUGGCCUUGACAGAGGCUGCCAUUGGUGUAAAACGGCCGCCACCCUACCAGUGGGACCCUAUGGUGAAUGAAGAGAUAUGGGUUCCUCAGGAAAGGACRUCUCAGAGCUCAGUACCCAACCCUCUGAAACCUCCUCCUCUCAUCAUUGGUCAAACUCAGCAUUUGGAUAUGUCUCGAGUGCCAUUUGUUUCCCCUAAGUCUCCAACCAGUCCCACUGCCACGUUCCAGACAAGUUACGGGGUUGGAGUCCCUUAUCCAGGAAGCUACAGUGCCCCUCCUCUUCAGGGAAUGCAGCCCUCCUGCUCCCCCAAAGAAGCUCUGGCCCCAACGCAGUUUGCACAGCAGGAGCCAACAGUUGUGCUUCAGCCAGGUUAUCCAUCCAACCUCUCCUAUUGCCCUUUGCCACCCAUGUAUCCAGGAAGUAGCACAUGCUCUAGUUUACAGCUGCCACCGAUAGCCUUGCACCCGUGGAGCUCCUACAGCGCAUGCCCACCCGUACCAAAUCCCCAAGGCACCUUGCCCCCGAAGCCACUCCUUGUGGUGGAGAAGCCAGUUUUGUCUCCUCCACCAGCAGAGCUUCAGGGUCAUGUAGGCACAGAGGUGAUGGUGGAAACAGCAGACACCUUUCAGGAGGUGCUUUCCUUGACAGAAAGUCCCGUUCCCCAAAGGACAGACAAAUUUGGCAAGAAGAAUCGGAAGCGUCUGGAUAGCCGAGCUGAGGAAGGAAACGUGCAAGCUAUCACCGAGGGCAAGGUCAAAAAGGAGGCAAGGACACUGACAGACUUCAAUUCACUAAUAUCCAGCCCGAGGCUGGGCAGGGAUAAGAAGAAAGUCAAGAGCCAAAAAGACCAGCUCAAGUCCAAGAAGUUGAACAAGACAAAUGAAUUUCAGGACAGUUCAGAGAGCGAACCAGAGCUUUUUAUCAGUGGGGAUGAACUGAUGAACCAGAGUCAGGGAAGCAAAAAGGGAUGGAAAACCAAGAGGAAUUUGAGGACCGCAAGCGAGCUGGAUGAAUUCAAGUGUCGUAAGGCCAAUGAAAAAGAGGACGGACGACUGGGAAGCCAAGGCUUUGUGUACGUGAUGGCCAACAAGCAGCCUUUGUGGAACGAGGCAACACAAGUGUAUCAGCUGGACUUUGGAGGGCGGGUGACCCAGGAGUCUGCAAAAAACUUCCAAAUUGAGCUGGAAGGACGACAGGUGAUGCAGUUCGGAAGAAUUGAUGGCAAUGCCUACAUUUUGGACUUUCAGUAUCCGUUUUCAGCAGUGCAAGCCUUUGCUGUUGCUCUGGCUAAUGUGACUCAACGCCUCAAAUGAACAAGCAGAGACUGGAGAGAGGAAAAUGUUCACAAAACCAUCUCAAAAGUCCCAACCGGGAAGCRUUAGGGCAGCCUGCUUUAGGUGCGCAGAGGUGCCUGGGAGUGAAGAAGGCAGUAAAACUGGAAAAGUCUCUUGGUGCCCCAGACAAGGGCAUUGACUCUAAUCAGUCACGGGGUGGAGGGUGGGGGGGCUCUUUCCUGUUUCGUUCGUUCAUUCGUUUGUUUUCAGUUUGUUCGUUCCUCUGUUUGUUUGUUCCUUAGCGUUGUGCUGGGUUUCAGAAGGAGCGCAGGGUUGAGGGCCGUUCAGUGUUACGUGGAGGUGUGUGGCUUUUGGCUUGUUGUGGUGAUUCUGCUGUGUUUGCUACAAUAGCUACGUAAGCUCAUAGGGGGAUUUAAAAGAUUGCUCUUUUU